CUAUGUGGAGGCUGCCGUGGAGGCCCCACACCCUGGAAACCGGCUUCUCAUCUAUUUUAAUAUUGUGAAGAUGGAAGGGGUCCAACCCCUGAAUGAGCAUGUUGGAAACGCACCAGGACGGAGAUUCUUGAGGAACAAGCUAUUGCUGGUGUCCUCCGUAAUUCAGGGGCUGGGGCUGCUCCUGUGUCUCACCUACAUCUGUCUUCACUUCUCUGCUCAGGUGCCAUCUCAAUACCCUCCAAUCCAAAGUAUCAGAGUACGGUUUACCAAGUGUGAAAAUGAGAAUGGUUUCAUCAUCACAUCCCCAAACAAGGAUGGAACCAUGAAGGUGCAAAACAACUCAAUCAUCAUCAACUGUGAUGGGUUUUAUCUCAUCUCCCUGAAGGGCUACUUCUCUCAGGAGCUCAGCCUCAGGCUUCAGUACCGGAAGGGUCGGGAACCCCUCUUCUCCCUGAGCAAGGUCACGUCUGUUGACUCUGUCACAGUGGCCAGUCUGGCUUUCAAGGACAAAGUCUACCUGAAUGUGACCACUCACAAUGCUUCCUGCGAAGACAUUCAGGUGAAUGGUGGGGAAUUGAUUCUCAUUCAUCAAAAUCCUGGUGGAUUCUGUGUCUACUGA